ACGAUCCGAGUUACACCCCUUUCGGUUUGCCCCUUAUCUAUCCUGUAUCCUCUUUUCAGUCUCUUGUGGGUUUUUAAGAGGUUUAUUUUUUCUCUCUAGCAAUGAUGUGCAUGUUUUGUCGUUAAAACUGCAGAUAACUCAUUUGGUCACAUGACGUUCAGUACAUGGUGGUAAACAAAAGACCGGUGUAUCGUAAAAAGUGAAAGUGAGAUUGUUGUGAUCUGGUGAUGGGUGAGCCCAAAAUGUCAGAUCAUGACAUAUUUAAAAGUGCCUCGGAGAGUAGCGAAGAGGAGGAGAUGAAAGUAAGUGAUUGUGAACGACUUCUGACCGCAGCCAGAAACGGUGAAUUUGAUGUUAUUAGAGAUCUUACCACACUACUCAAACGAGGGGAGAUCAAUCUAGACGUGAACUGCAAAGGAGAUCAGAAAUUUAACAGAGGAUGGACUUCACUUCAUCUGGCUGCAUACUUUGGACACAAAGAUGUGGUGAAGAUUUUAUUAGAGAAUGGUGCUGGAAUAGAUGUUACAAACCCUAAUGGAGAUACGGCCCUUCACAAGGCUGCUUAUACAGGCAGAUUGGAAGUUGUACGAGUUCUGUUGGAUGCUGGUGCUGAUGUCACGAUGAUAAACUCAGAGGGACAGACGCCAAGACUUUGUGCCAAAACGAGGGAAAUCAGUGACCUGAUUCUUGCUGCAGAAGCUCAUGACAACAAAGAGAGAGAGGAGCAAUUCCUGUCGUCCGUGCGAGAUGGACAGCUAGAGGAUGUCCAGGAACUGUUAAAGAAGAAGUCAAAGAGACCAAAUUUGAACUGCCGGGAUGCUUUUGGUAACUCUGCACUCCAUAUUGCUGCCCAGGCCAAUCAAAAGGAAAUAGCUGUUUUCUUAAUUCAGAGUGGCUUAGCACCAGAUGUCAAAAACAAAAAAGACCAAACACCAAUUGACUUUGCCAGAAACAACGAAAUGAAACAAAUUUUGGGAGUCAGGCCAGUAAAAGAGUUUACCCUCCACCCCCACCGCUGUGAAGGAACCCUUUUGAAGAAGUCCCGAUUCCUCGGCUUUAAACCAGUCUUUGUGGUGCUAGAGAGAGGGGUGCUUUCCUACUUCAGAAACAGAGGGGAUGCCAGCACAGGUGCCAGAAGGAAAGGAAUGAGGUACCUGGAUGGGACCAUCAUAAUGUUACCUAAGAAGUCAGAAAACAACAGUGCAGAGUUCGUGUUGAAGUAUUCAGAUGAUAUACAGCACACGUUCAGUACAGGGGAGGGAGAACAAGAAAUUGAACGGCAGAAAUGGUUGAAUGCUUUGAAAGACCACAUCACAUACAGCACUCACUAUAUGCAUCAGGGAGUGACUGGGUCGGACGAGGAGGAGAUUUUACCCUUGGGGUCCCUACAAGACACUCUCAAAACAGCCCAAGCACAGCAGAAGUUGUUGGAGAAGGAGAUGGCAUCCCUCUCCUCUACAGUGACUGUCCCAGGAGGUUCUCAGCUUGCCGUGCAACAGACUCAGAAGAUAUCUCAGAUGGCUCAUGAGAUGUGUGUCACUUUUGGUCAAUGCCUUACCCUCUUCAAGCAACAAGAUGAGGUUAGAGCUCUCCAGUUGAAGGAGGAGAUGGAGAAAUCUCGCGUCCUACAGGAGGCGCUGCAUGCUUUAGCAACGGAGCACCAUGAACUGGAGCAGUCAAUCGCCGUCCGAAAACCGUCCACGCAGCGCUACUACGAUACGGACGAGGACGAAUUCUAUGACUGUGAUGAAGAAAACUUAGAAAACACUGAGGAGUUUCCUGUGCAUGGAACCUUUAAGGAGGAUGUGGAUUGCAUGUCGUAUCAGUCCAUUAAGUGUGAGAGUCCAGACCUGUCAAUUCAGUCCGUCACAGAGAAGUCCAAAUAUGGAAGGACCAAGUUGCCUGUUCCGAUGUUCGAUAGAAACGACUUCAGUGUGUGGACCAUUCUGAAGCAGUGUAUUGGCAAGGAAUUGUCCAAGAUUACUAUGCCAGUUGUUUUCAACGAACCAAUCAGCUUUCUUCAGAGAAUCACAGAGUAUAUGGAGUAUUCCGAGCUUCUGGAAAAUGCUUGUUUAUGUAACGACCCAGUAGAUAGGUUAAAGUACAUCUCGGCUUUUGCUGCUUCAGCCAUUUCAUCGAACUUUGAACGAUUAGGAAAACCAUUUAAUCCAUUAUUAGGAGAAACUUUUGAAUUUAACAGACCAGACCUAGGUUUCAAGGUGGUCAGUGAACAGGUAUCCCAUCAUCCUCCAGUUAGUGCAUUUCACGUGGAGUCGCCAAACUAUAAAUUCCAUGGUUCUAUUCACCCCAAGCUGAAGUUCUGGGGGAAGUCAGUAGAAGUCAAUCCCAAGGGGGUCCUAACUUUAGAAUUAACCAAGCAUGGAGAAACAUACACAUGGACAAAUGUCAAUUGUUGUGUUCACAAUGUCAUUGUUGGAAAACUGUGGGUGGAACAUUAUGGAGUUCAGGAAAUUGUUAACCAUAAAACAAAGCAUAAAGCUGUGCUGAACUACAAACAAGGGGGAUGGUUUGGUAAAGAUCUGCACAAGAUAGAGGGAUGUAUAUACACACCAGACAAAAAGAAAGUGAAAGCAUUGUAUGGUAGCUGGGCCAAGGAAUUGUUUGCAGUGGAUGUAGGGGAUUAUGAAGAAUUUAUGAAAGACUUUAACUCAGGGACUUCUCCUAGUCAUCAUGCCAAACCAUUAAAUGGUGCCAGUAGUGAUGGUGAGGUUUCUGAUGACAUUCCUGUAAAAUCUCCCUCCACGUAUGACCUACAAAUUCCUGGACAAGAGGUUAUAUGGACAGGGGUUCCUAGACCAGAGUACUCACAAGAAUAUUUUAGUUUUACGUUAUUUACAAUGGCCCUUAAUGAGAUAACGCAGGAGAACGCCAGUCAGAUUUCCCCAACCGACUCACGCCUCCGACCAGACAUCCGCCUUCUGGAGCAGGGGCAAAUAGACUUGGCUUCAGCUGAGAAAAAUCGACUAGAAGAAAAACAGCGAGCAGCAAGGAAAGAGAGGAAAAAGAGGAAGGAAGAAUGGUCACCACUAUGGUUCAGCUAUGGAACCAACCAGAUCACGGGUAAAGAGGACUGGUUGUUUAAAGGUGAAUACUGGAAAAAGGACUGGUCCAAAUGUCCAGACAUAUUCUGAGGCUGGCUUCAGUGUCCUUCUUUGAAAAGAAAAAAAAGGUGGCAUCAUUCAGUGAAUAUUCCACGUGGUAAUCAUCGUGAGCCCAACCACAACCCCAAUACUGAAGAUGGAUGUCAAUCUCUGAUUGAGAAAGGGCACUGGACUGUAGAAUUAGUUCAAUUGUCUGGUUGUCAAGAUCUGAGCAUUUUUUUAUUUUGCCUCUCUUAGCAAAAAAUGCCAUAUUUAUGCCAAAGGCAUGCUGAGUUUGGAAUGAAACAUUGCAUCUUAAAUUGUAAAUGGUAGUUGGUUUUUUUUGGCAAAUAAGUGCCACACACAUUAUUUUUCAGUUUGCAAUUUAAUUAAAGUUUUAAGCUACUUCAAGAUUGCUGCAUGUUAUUCCAUUCAUAUUUUUAUUUCGUAUCUUAAUAGCUAUUUCAAUUUUUGUGUCCUAUUUAUUUAUAGUAUUCUUAGUCAAGAAGGAUGGGUAACAUUAUU